AUGCGGGUAUGCUUAGGUGGAUAUCUUUGUAGUACACAAGCUGAUGCCAACUAUUUAUUUGCUGCAUCCACUUCUCCUUCAAGAAUAAAUGAAAGUGUUAAAAACCAUUCAGUUCCUAUUUUAGAUAUUCAAUGGAUAAAGGAUUGUAAUAAAUCACGACAAUUACUUUCAAUAGCCAAUUAUACCAUUGUCAAACCAAAAAGUAAAAUUGAUAUACCAAUCACUAAUUAUAUAGUUUCUGGAUCCUGUUCUCUUGAAACAUUGAAUACAAGGGCUAAAGAACUUCCAGAUGAAAAGCUCGAAUUUGACGACGAGAUUCCUGUGCCAAUAAAAGAACCUAGUGAUGAGAAUAUCUCUAUUGAUCCCAGCUUUGUUAAUACGAAAUACGCUUGUUUUCGUCCAACACAAUAUGAACCAAAAUAUAACAAAAAGCUCAUAUCAUUUUUAAUGAUCCUUGAAAGAGAAAGAAUAUUAAAUAAUCAAUGUGAUAAAGCAUUAUAUUAUCAGCGUGCAAUUGCUGCCUUAAAGGAAGCCAUACAGAUCAUAGGUAUUGGCCGACAAAUAUCUCAAAUUAUUUCGGAGUAUUUAAAGACAGGAGUAAUAUCAGAAGCAAAACAAUUAUUGUCCCAUGAUAAAUUUAGGACUCUUAGUAUUUUUGUUAAAGUAUUUGGUGUAGAGUCAACUCUGGCAAAUUAUUGGUGGAAUAAAGGAUACCGUACCUUACAAGAGGUGCUUGACAAAGAACAUAAUCUAUCACCAACAAUACGCUUAGGUAUUCAGUUGUUACCAAGCUUUGAACAAUUGAUGAGUAGACAAGAUGUUGAGGAGAUAAUUAAAAUUAUAAGAUAUGAAGUGGAUUUUAUUGAUAUCCAAGGCCUGAUUGUUCCUGUUGGUAGUUACAGACGUGGUAAAGAGUUUAUCAACAGCCUUGACUUGAUUGUAACAAACAAUAAUAUUCCAUCUUUAAAUAAUUUUUCGAAUCAAUUAAUACAACGGUUAUCCGACUUGGACUAUAUAAAAUACAUAUUAUGGCAUUCUACUUCAGAUACAAAGAAUAACAAGGGUAAAAAAGCAAUCAGUUCAAUAUUUGAUAGUAAUCAAAUGCUCGAUGGUUUUGAAAAGUACUUUUGUGCAUUUUUACAACCUUCAAGUAGAAUUUGUCGACAGGUUAAUUUGAUCAUUACAAACCGUAAUGAAUUAUAUACUGCUAUCUUAAGUUGGACGGGUUCAAGCUAUUUUGAGAAAUCUCUUAAAGAGUAUGCUAGAAAGGAAAAGAACCUUUUAAUAAGCAGUAAAGGGAUUUCUUUGAAAGAAAACAAUAAAUUGGAAAAAUGUACAGUACGAUCAGAGGAGGAUAUUUUCAACCUAAUUGGAUUACCUUAUAUAGACCCAGAAUUCAGGAAUUGCUAA